UUUUUGGAUAAAUAACACAAUACAUAUCUCUAGAUUUGUGUUUAAAAUCUUUUCUUUAUCAGGAAAUAUUUUAUUUUUUCUACAUCGGUUCUUUCUCAAUUCGGACAUGGAUGAAGACUUCUUCUUAACCGACUUCUCACCCGAAGACAUUGAUUUCGAUUUUAAUAUUUAUGAAGAAACUAAUGUAUCGCCUGUUGAAGCGAGCAUACAUACAGAAAGAGCUCAGUUUAUUGAGCAUCAAGUUCCUCUUAAUUACCUCAAUGAGAAACCGAAGCCUGUGGUGAAGAUCAAUAACAAGCCACGAGUGAUUUUUUUUUAUUUUUCUAGUAAUGUUUCUUCUUCUCCAGCUAGGGAAGAUAUCAUUAUGGAUCAAUUGGCCAGACGUGGAACCAAAAGAAAAUCAUGUUCUCCUGCCAAAAGAUCUCCAGUUUUCGCCAAAGAACAUGUUAUAGCCGAGAGAGAGCGUCGUGAGAAGCUUUCCGAAAAAUUCAUUGCCCUCUCAGCACUUCUUCCUGGUCUUACGAAGGCGGACAAGAUUACGGUUCUUGAUGACGCAAUUUCACGUUUGAAACAACUCCAAGAACAAAUAAGAAAGCUCAAGGAAGAGAAAGAAGCAACAAGACAUAUGGAAUCCAUGAUUCUUGUGAAGAAAUCUAAAGUGUUUUUCGACGAAGGAACUUUCCUAUCAUCUUCUUCUUCUUCAGAUCAUGAACAGUUUGGUCAACCGUUGCCAGAAAUAGAGGCUAAAGUAUCCCAAAACGAAGUUCUAAUCCGAAUCCACUGCGAGAAAAGCAAAGGGAGCAUGAUUGACAUACUAAACACGAUCGAGAAUUUUCAACUGCGUGUCUAAAAUAGUAUGUAUUGCCAUUCGGGGACUCGAUUCUUGACAUCACCAUCCUUGCACAGAUGGGGAAAGACUUUUCAGUAAAUGCACUUGAGGAUUUUGUAAGGAACCUGAGACUCGCAAUGGUUUAAGCCUUCUUUGAAGUUUCAGUAUCUGUAGAGACUGAAACGACACCAUUUUCUUGGAUUUGCUGUCGUUUUCAUUAUAGGAUUUUUUUUCACACAUGCACUACUACCACGUGUGUUCGGUGUUUGAUGUAUUUCGUAGCGAAGUUCUUGUCUCAAUCAGUGGUUGAGACUAAAGGGGAUAACAACGACCGUUGAUCAUUAAUGUAAAUUGAUAUCUUGUUGAAUAUUAAUUUUCCCAUUUGUUAAUCAAAAGAGGCAAAAAAAGUGAAGCAAAAAAUAUCU